AUGCUGGCACCUUUGCGCCGCUUUCUACGAAGCCCAAACCCCAUCAUGAUUGGGCACGCGAUCGGAGCCUCUCGCAGCAACCCUCUAAGCUCUCGCCGAUGGCUUCGCCUUCUGUUCACGUUAGCCGUCGUGGCGGUUGGUAUCAACCUCUUCGUCCUCUUGGACUGGACCUAUGUCGAAUCUCUGCCGCGGCAGGUCUUGGGCAAUCAAGCUUUCCACCCUAAGCCUUUCGCGCCCGCACCGCAUGGCCUCGAAUCGCAAGAUGAAAACGGACUGGACUAUUGGACAUGGGCGACCAAGACGCAGUUCAAGAAGAAGGAAAAUAUCGACUGGAACGAAGGUGUCAUGGACGAAUGCUUCCUCUUCCCCAAACACCUCCUUUCCAAGAUACAAGUCGUCCUUAAGACUGGCCUUGCUGAUGACUGGUCGCGGACCGAUGCCCAGCUAUCGACGAUGAUCAAAUGUAUACCAAACGUCCUCAUCGUCUCCGAUCACAACAGCACGUACGGCUCUCGCCACCACACCGUCGACGUCCUUGCAGACCUACCGCCGAGCACAUACCUGAAGGAGGAAGACUACUUCGUCUACGUAUCGCAGAAGAACGCAAGUCGAGAUGGUGUACAGCUGCAUCAAGGCCACGAAGGCUGGCGGAUAGACAAAUACAAGUUUCUGCCGCAAGUGGAGAAAGCUGUCGAAUACAACAAGGCAGCCGAGUGGUUUGUCUUUCUCGAGACAGAUACGUACUUCUUUUGGGAUAACGUCUUCCGCCUCCUCGAAAACUACGAUGCUUCACUGCCUUACUUCUUCGGCUCCCCCUCUCCCGGACGAAAGUACCGUCCCAGCGCGGACUCCGAAGACGAAGAGCAGGUGUGGUUUGCAUUCGGAGGCUGCGGCUUCAUCCUUUCUACAGUGGCUGCGCACCGACUCGUCGAUCGUCCGCGUAACAGCUUCGGUGUCCAGGGUCCGCGACUCACAGCCGAAUACGAGCAGGACAUCAGGAACGACUGUUGCGGCGACAGCAUCCUGGGGUGGGCACUCCACGACAAAGCUGCAGUGGGCAUCAGCGGUCUGUGGCCCAUGUUCAAUCCGCACAGGCUCGAGGACAUUCCGUUUGGCAGUCAAUACUGGUGUGAGCCUGUCAUCAGCCUGCACAAGACCGACCCAGUCGUCUACAAAGAACUUUGGUCUUGGGAGAACGAGCAAAGGCUUCACAGCGAGCGCCCCUUGCUGUAUACUGACUUGCUCUUCUCUUUCCAUGGCAAUUUCUCACAGCGCGAGAACUGGGAUGCAGCUUUCGACGCAGGGUUCCAGCUCCCUGACAACUCUACAGUCCACACCAGCCUCGACGCCUGCGAAGCAGGGUGCUUUGCGCACAAUGAAUGCCAACAGUACACUUGGCACGGACGGCAUUGCUACUACGCGGAGGCGCUAUACAUUGGUCGCGCUAAGCAGCCGGACGGCUAUCAUGAUCUUGAGGACAGGAAGUAUGUCAGUGGUUGGGAUACUACAAAGAUCCAGACUCGGAGCAUCGAGAACCAGUGCACAGAUGGGCCGCACUGGGUGAAACCAAGCGUGAAAAGAAAGUACUAA